CAUAUAAAUGCAUAUUUGAACCAUAUUUUAGCUUUAGGUCAUAUUUGGGCUCAAAGUGAUAUAAAAUCAUAUUUCUGGUCAUAUUUUAGGCGAGUUUCACUUAUUGCUCAGAAAUAUAUUUGCAAGUAUGGGCAACGAUGUUAUUUGGAACUUCAUUUCUUAGAAAUAUUUGGCCUUGUGUAAUGGGAUUUGAAGGAAUACUGUACAGUGUGAAGGGUAACGGUUCUUGACCUGGCGUAGAAUCAACCACUUUGAAAAGAGAAAUUGCCACCUCUGCCUCUGUCUGUCUGUCUGUCUGUCUUUUUGUGUCUCUUUUUCUCCUCCACUGCAGUGAUACCUGAAGUCCAGUUUGUUUCUUGCAUAUUGGUGAAAAAUUUUUCCAUCCACAAAGCGGUAAAUUUCUACCCUCUCCCCGAAACCCGUCCAAUACAGUACUGUAUUCAUAACUUCAGUUGUUCAGUAUAGUUUCAAGAUGCCUAAAGUCAAGUGCUCUAAUAGCGUGAAGUUGCGUGGUUUUAUUAAAGAGUUUGGUGACAAAUAUUUUAGUACUGACGGAGAAAUUUUAUUUUGCAAAAUGUGUGAAGUGAAAGUUACGGCAGACAAACGUUUUACGGUGCAACAACACUGCAAUACAGCUAAACAUAGAAGCUGUGUAAACAGAGAAAUUACCACGGAAAGUAGACAGCGAUUGUUGUUUGAAAAGUCAUCCUCCAGUUCACCGAAAUCAGGAAAUGCCUCCGAGUUUUCAAAGGAUCUUUGUACUAUGAUGGUUUCAUCAAAUAUUCCAUUACAUAAAGUAGAUACACCUAGUUUCCGAAACUUCCUCGAAAAAUAUACAACUCAUCCCAUUCCGACCGAAUCCACAUUAAGAAAGAACUAUCUCACUUCCUGCUACGAUGUUACCAUCAAUAAAAUAAGAAACUGUGUCGGAAAUAAUAAAAUAUGGGUGUCUAUCGACGAAACUACCGACGUAAGUGGUAGAUUUGUAGCGAAUGUUGUUGUUGGUAUACUGAAAGAUGACCAGCCUCGAGAUAUAUUCCUAUUGGCAUGUGAGGUGUUGGAAAAAGUGAAUAAUUCUUCCAUUGCUGUUGUUUUCGACAAUGCGAUGAAUUUGCUGUGGCCAAAUAAGGUAGAACGAGAGAAUGUGCUCCUCUUCUUAACGGAUGCCGCUCCAUAUAUGGUAAAGGCAGCAAAGGGACUUCAGGUACUGUAUCCCAAAAUGAUUCAUGCAACGUGUCUCGCACAUGCUCUGCAUAGGGUAGCAGAAGAGGUGCGAGAGAGCUACUUUGAUGUAGAUAAAUUAAUAGCAAAUGGGAAGAAAAUUUUUGUUAAGGCUCCACUUCGAUUGCAGAAGUUUAAAGAAGAGGCUCCAUCACUACCCCUUCCCCCUAAGCCUAUUCUAACACGAUGGGGGACUUGGCUCGAUGCUGCAGAUUAUUAUUGCACACACUACAGUGUGAUUGAAAAUAUCUUCAUGAAGUUUGACAGAGAUGAUUCAUCUUCAAUUCGAACUGUACAAAAUUUGUUUUCAUCAACCACGUCAAGAAAUCUAGCGUACAUAAAAUCAAAUUUCAGUGUGAUAUCAAAAUCCAUCAUUAGACUUGAAGCUGUGGGCAUGCAACUGUGCAAUGCAUUACAAAUUGUUAAGAAAGUUGAAAGUGAACUACAUCAAGCACAGGGCGAAGUUGCUGUGAAAAUUAGUGCAAAAUUACAAAAUGUGCUCCAACGAAAUCCUGGAUAUUCAACACUGUGUACAAUUUCUGACAUUCUUUGUGGCAAAGAAGUUGAAUUUGACAACAGUGAAUUAGAACUUGACGCAAGUGAUUUGACUUGUUUUAAGUAUGCCCCUGUGACAUCUUGCGACGUAGAAAGGAGUUCCUCCAAAUACAAGGCCACUGUUAGUGACAAUCGGAGGUCCUUCAAGUUCGAGAAUUUGAAAAUGCAUGUUGUCAUUCAGUGCAACUCUACUGAAAAGGAAGAUUAAGGGUCAGCAUUGUGUUGUGAUGGAUGCUUCACGGCUUAAAGACAUUUAUUCAGAAAAAAUUACUUUGUACACUUUUCAAUAAAACGCCAUUCAGCUUUUCUCUUUGUGGGGUCAGCAAUGUGCUGUGAUCGAGGCUUCAGAGCUUAAAGAUAUUUAUUCAGGACAAAAUAACUUUGUAAACUUCUUAAUAAAUUGCCAUUCUUAGGAAUUUUUGUUAAAUAUUUAAUUAUUUUUUGUGGGCCAUUCUGUCACAUUUUGCCAUUUUUAGGGCAUAAAUGCAUGCAUACUUUCAAAGUUUUUAGGUCAGAAAAAUCCGAGCCCUAAUGAUCACCUAUAAUUCAUACUUAUUUUGUCAUUGAAUAUGACACAAAAUCCAAACAUGGUGCUUUUAAAUGGCCUUUAUAAUAUCCCACAUGUUUAACAUCAACACAUCUUCACACUACAUGAAAGUCACCCAAUCCAUUAAAAAUUCAUCACUUCAAUAUGUAAAGGUGAUCAUUCAAAACAAAUAUGAGGGUAAGUCAAUAAGUAAGUUACAAA